AAGAAUCUGAUAGGACCCAGAACACCGAUGGGCCCCACUUUCACAUGCAAAUUGUCUUCACGUGAGAUCUUACCCACCGGAGACGCGAAACCUCCCGGCCAUCUCGAUCUUGUCUGCUUGCCGGUGAUGCCUCUGUUCGUGUCACGUGGCCCGCUCCUCCUUCACCACCUAAGCUCCUUCCUCUCGCAUUUUUCGCCACGUUACUCUCUCUCCUUCUUUCCCGAUAUACCCCUUUGCAUGAGGCCCAUUCGCCAAACAAUAACCAAACCCUGAGCUGUCAUGUUCCUUUGUUAUCACUACACGACAAGUCCUACGUGGACUUUUAGAUUCUCGAGGCUAGUUGUCUUCUUCUUCCUCGGUAUUCAUAUAUAUAAACUCCUUUCAAGGUCGUCUCUUUCAAUUCACAAACCACAACACAACACAACACAACAUCAAGAUCAAGAGUUAACUCAUACAAUAGUUACUUCCCUUUCCAAAAAUAAAAUAUAUAAAAAAUGGGAGCUUGUGUUUCACGUGAAUCUAUGAGAGGAGACUCGGCGAAGCUUAUAUUGUUCGACGGCACUUUACAAGAGUUCUCAUCUCCGGUCAAAGUGUGGCAGAUCUUGCAGAAAUACCCGACGAGUUUCGUCUGCAACUCAGACGAAAUGGACUUCGACGACGCCGUUUCAGCUGUCUCCGGCAACGAGGAGCUCCGGUCGGGGCAGCUUUACUUCGCCUUGCCUCUGACGUGGCUCAAUCAUCCGCUAAGGGCGGAGGAAAUGGCAGCGUUGGCUGUUAAAGCGAGCUCGGCGUUGGCCAAGAGCGGCGGUGUCGGAUGGGUCUCCGUCGACGACAGUGACGUCGACGGUAAAGUUUACCAGCCGAAAAAUAUCGCCGGAGUGAAGACAAACGCCGGGGGCGGAAGAUGUUGUGGCAGAGGGAAGAGGAGAUUUACUCGGAACCUGAGCACCAUCGCCGAGUAGUGUCAAUUAGUCAUUUUGAGAAACCAAAAAAAAAAAAAUCUCCGACGUAAAAAAUUGUAAUUAGAGAUGUUUGACUUUUUUAUUAAUGGAGAAAAACAAAAUUAUCAAUUAGAUUUGAAUUUUCGCUAUUUUUGUUUGUUGCUUUAUCAAUGAUGCUACAAUGCAAUUGAUU